AUGGCUUCGAAGAUGCCACCCGUGCUAUUUCAGCUGGUUUGGCUGCUUACCGGCAUGUCCCUGGCGCAGGAAGAUAUUGACGUAUGCACCCACAUCAAGAACAGAUUGGGUGCUGAGACGUGUGUCGAUACUCUUCAGUCUGGUUUUAAAGGUUUCCGCUUGAGCGGGACUGUCGAAAAUCCUUUGCGCUAUGCUGACCUGGGCUUUGAUGACAACAUUGCAGGGGGAGCCACGCCUGGAGCCAUGAAUGUCUGCAUGCUGGCAGCCUUUGGCAACGGUGGGGUUGUGCCAGAAGCCUGCGUUCCUACUUCGGGAACAGAAGCCGCCGAGUGGAACGGACGACCGGGGUUACACUACUUCGGCAUGCUUGGCUUCCCUUGCGGCUUCAACUUUAGAGCCCUCGAGGAGGGAGAGAGCAUCGACUGGACCUUUCCCACAGGGAACACCUGUAUCGGGGACGUGGACUUAGAUGUGGGGUUAACAUCCCUAGUCUGCAUGUUCGACAUGGCCUGUGAGCUCGGGACUACGACUACAACUACUGCCACAGGUUUCGCGAUAACGAGCACAUCAACUAGCACUCUCUCCUUGACGAGCACUUCGACAACAACUCCAACUACCAGAACAACGUCCAUCUCAACAUCAACAACACCACCAAGCAGCACAAUGAUAUCGACACGAUCAACUUCGACGACGUCUUCUUCUGCAUUUUCCACCACGGCCAUUCCCAUCAUGCUGACUACCACGUCGAGCCCUUCCUCUACGGUCACACUCACAGACGGUGUUCCCGUCCUGCUGACUACCACACCGACCCCUUCCUCCACGGUCACGCUCACCGGCAGUUCUACAGUUGCCAUUACAGUCACUGGCACGACUGCUACAGAAACAGCGAGCAUGACCGCGACGUCCACCACCACAAGCAUGACUGCGUCGCAAAGCACCAGCACCUCCACGACGACAUCAGUUACUAGUCUGGGAGCAUCCGCAUCAGCAACGAUGACAAGCACGAUCCGUACGGCCACGCUCACUAGCACCUUAAGCAGCGCCGAGCUGUCGGUGUCAUCUACUAGCUCUGCGCAAUCCUCCAGCACAAUGACCGCCACUGGCAGUGAUGACAACCUAACUGGGCCACCUUGCUCAGAGGUGCCGAUGGUUCCCAACAGUGCAGACUUGACCUACUGUCAAGGAUUGCCACACGGAUCAGCCUGCGACGUGCGAUGCGCAGACGGCUUUGCGCGAGCUGACGGAGCCGAUCUUGCGUUCUGCCAGGACGGCCGCUGGCGCGUGCAGGGCGAAUGCCUCCAGGAGGAUGCAGAGGUCGUCCAGAGCGCUGCCGUGCAGGUUGUGCUUGAGGUGGCCCUCGACCUUCCAGAAGCGAACAACUACAGCAGCAGCCUACUGUGGGCGCAAGCGCACGAGGAUGAGCUGUACUGGGCCUUCGCCAGGACGCUGUCGGUGCAUCCCAGUGAGCUGCGCCUGGAGCUACUUCCGGAGGUGGGGUCUGCGAGGCGGUUGCGCGGCACGGCGCUCACCUUCGCAGUCCGCCUCACCGAGCUUUUGGGCAGCGCCUUAGACAUGGAGUCGGCGGCUCAGAAGCUCCAAAGCCUCGAUGGGGCGCAGGAGAUGGAGGUCUUUGGCGGUGCCCUAGCGGAGGAGUUGUACGGAGAGUCCGGCAACAUCUCCGCAGUUGCGACGGUGGCCAGCGUGGCCGCGAUCGAUCGCUACGUGCUGCCAGCACCAUCUUGGCGCGUCGAGUGGGACGACUCUGCCUGUGCAGCGUGCAGCGGUGGUCAGUCAAUUGGCCAGGUCUUCUGCAGCCGCGGCCCAUGGCUGGCAUGCGAGGGUCCGAAUUCACCGGCCGGGCCACGGCCGUCGAACGCCCGCGACUGCCCGCCGUGCCGUUCACAGUCGGACCCGCUGUUUGUUGCGGGAGGUGGGGGCAUUCAGUCAGGGUCCGUUCAGCUUCCCAUCUGGUUUGCAGCACUUUUGAGCCUCUGCGCUGGCAUCGGCUGCUGCGGCUCCGCGGCCUGUGGAAUCUUCCUGGCCUGGCGGUGCCCACGGUACAUGAAGCGGGUGGAGCCGGAUGAGCCCCCUGCACUUUUCUUUCCCCAGGAGUGUGAGCGUGUGCCGACCGAGAGGUCGGUUGGGAGCCUGUUCCAACGACCGCGCUUCCUCAGCCUGCCUGUUCACAGCUGCUGGACGGACUUGGUCGACCGAUCGAAGUCGCGGAAGUCUUCCGGGGAUUUCAGCGACGUCGAGCCCGGUCUACUCCAGCACAUCAGCACCAUGCAAACCGUGGGCAGCUCCAAAAGUGAAGAGGAGUCUGACAUGGCCCGGAGGAGCACGAUGUUUGUCCAGAGGGAUUCGACUGACGUGUCAGGGAGCCAGGCCGCAGCCCCACAGCCGCCUAGGAGCGACGGCUCGCCGAUGCGGCCACGGUCGGGCACGCUGCUGGAUCGCGUCGAUCUGAAAUGA